GCUCUCCCGCCGGGCGCCUGAGGGGUAGUUUCUUAGCGGUUCGGAAGAUCCGUUCUCGUUCUGCAACGGGUCUCCACCGUCGCCGCUCGGGUGCCCGGGAAGCAGCCGCUCCAUCCUGCCCAUCUUUCGCUCGCAUUUUAGACUCUGCCAGCUAUGGCCAAGGAGGAGAAGAAACCGUUUCACCAGUCUAUGGCCGAGUGGCGGCAAUUUAUCUACAACCGAAACAGCGGAGAGUUUCUGGGGCGCACGGCCAAGAGCUGGGGCUUAAUUUUGCUAUUUUAUCUCGUCUUCUAUGGCUUCUUAGCCGCACUUUUCUCAUUCACAAUGUGGGUUAUGCUCCAGACAUUAAGUAGAGAUAUACCCAUGUAUCGUGACCGGAUUCGUUUUCCAGGACUAAUGAUUUCACCAAAACCAGAAACUGCGUUGGAAUUUUCAAUAAGCAAAAAUAACUCAGAAAACUAUAAUUAUAAUCGUUAUGUAGAAGCCCUUCAUAAAUUUCUAGGAGCAUAUAAUGAAUCAAAGCAAACCAGAAACAUUCGGUGUUCUCCAGGGAAGUUCUUUGACCAGAAUUCUGUAAAUAAAUCGGCGUGCCAGUUUAAUCGUGAUAGCCUGGGACCUUGCUCUGGACUACAAGAUGAAAAUUUUGGUUAUGACAAAGGAACACCAUGUGUUAUUGUAAAAAUGAAUAGAAUAAUUGGAUUAAAGCCUCGUGGACAACCAUAUUUAGAGUGUAAUUCUAAGGAAGAAGGCAAGGCUACAAUAAGUUAUUUUCCUGCUAAUGGAACAUUUGAUUUGAUGUAUUUCCCAUAUUAUGGAAAACGCCUACAUCCUGACUACUUACAGCCACUGGUGGCUAUUCAGCUAGCAUUUAAUACAACCAGUGCCAAAGAAGAUGUAACCAUUGAAUGCAAGAUGAUGGGAGCAAGCAACAUAAGAAAUAAUGAUGAGCGAGACAAGUUUCUGGGACGGGUUUCAUUCAAAUUUCAGGUAUCUGAAUAAAAGUCACCAAUGUCAGCAAAAAGUCAAUCAUGUCAGCAGGACCUGCCAUUCUGAAAGAUGAGACCACCCGUAAGAAACCUAGAGUGGAACAAGGCAUUUGGGGUAGCAUAAUGUGCUUCCAAAUCAUGAUUUCAAUUUGUCACAAUAUAACUGCCCAUCAUGCUUUGCCUAUUGGACCACUGUACAGAUAUAAUCAUUUUAGUGACCUGUAAAUAGAUUCCAAACAUGUAAUCGUGGUGGUCUUUGACCUGUUCAAAAUGUGGGCUUUAUCCCCAAGUGAGUGUCUGUAAUGUAUGUGCUGCGCUAUGUAAAUAUUGUAUUGGUUUAACACUGGUUAACUAUCAUAUCAAUACGAACACGAUCUUAGAGUGAGAGGUAAGAUAUUUCAGACUAUCCAAUCCAACACCGUGAAUUAAAUUUGUGCAGAGAUGCCUUAAAUCCUAUACGGGAUGGGAGUUAGUGGGAAGCUUUAUGUGGAUUUUAAGUGUUAGCAUUGAUUUUUGACAUUAUUUAAAUACUGAAAUAGAUGUUGUGCUUAUUGUGCAAGUAUUGUGUGUAUAUGCAAUGUUUGAUCUAGAUUUGAUAUUUCAGUUGCAAAAUUGUGUUAAUGAAGCACAGAUAAAACCAAUACAAUGUCACUUUUUAAAACUUUUUAAUUGAGAAUUAUCAAUAUGAAACAAGUCCUUUACAAUGUGUAUGGUUUAGAGAUUUGGUAACAGUCGUAUUACAAAGCUGCUUGAAAUAAAAAAAAGACCUCACAAUAUGGGACUAGAAGUACAAUUUUCAAUAAAAAAUAUUCCAGAAUGGAGAAAUGCCUGUUUAAACAUUUUAAAACUCAGUAAUGACUGUCCUAAUUAAAUAUUCCUUUGUUUAAUUUAUAUAGUUUCAGAUAGAUUUUGUCUUCUGUAAGUAGUAUUUAAAAUUUAGGUUUUUUUCUAUUAAGCAUCCUUUCUGUUAAGGUGUUAUGGUUCCGGCUAAUGAAACACUUCAAAGAAUAUCCUCUGCAUUUCAAGAUGUAUUUUAAAAACCUCUCCAUAUUCCAGGAUAUGUUACUGAUGUUUCUUUCUUCUUUUCUCUUCACUCCAGACAAUUUAAGAAUUAAAAAUAAGCAGUUCAGAAUGUGCAUUAAAAUACACUAUUAAUUUUUA